CGCAGCCCGGGGGUGGCGGGAGGCGGCGGCGGCGGCGGCGCUGGGAGCUCCUGUCACCGCUGGGGCCGGGCGGGAGUGCAAGGGACGUGAGGGCGUGAGGGCCGGGACAUGGGGCCCGUACGCCCCGCCGCUCGCGAUCUGGGCUGCCGCCGAGGGCCGCCGCCGCUGCAGCUAUUGCUGACACUACUGCCGCUGCUUCUGCGCGCGCAACUCGCCGUCGGGAGCCUGAGCGGUGGGAGUCCCGGUGCAGCCGAGGCCCCGGGGUCGGCCCAGGUGGCUGGACUAUGUGGGCACCUAACACUUCACCGGGACCUGCGCACCGGCCGCUGGGAACCAGACGCACAGCGCUCGCGACGCUGUCUCCGGGACCCGCAACGCGUGCUCGAGUACUGCAGACAGAUGUACCCGGAUCUACAGAUAGCACGUGUGGAACAGGCGACGCAGGCCAUCCCCAUGGAGCACUGGUGUGGGGGUGCCCGGGGUGGCCGCUGUGCCCACCUCCACCACGAGGUUGUGCCUUUCCACUGCCUGCCGAGUGAAUUCGUGAGUGAGGCCCUGCUGGUGCCCGAAGGCUGCCGGUUCUUGCACCAGGAGCGUAUGGACCAGUGUGAGAGUUCAACCCGGAGGCAUCAGGAGGCACAGGAGGCCUGCAGCUCCCAGGGCCUCAUCCUGCAUGGAUCAGGCAUGCUUUUGCCCUGUGGCACAGAUCGGUACCGAGGUGUGGAGUAUGUGUGCUGCCCCCCUCCAGUGACCCCCGACCCGUCUGGGACAGCAGUUGGUGACCCCUCCACCCGGUCCUGGCCCAUGAGGGGCAGAGCAGAAGGAAGUGAGGACGAGGAAGAGGAGGAAUCCUUCCUCCAGCCAGUAGACGAUUACUUUGUGGAGCCCCCUCAGGCUGAAGAGAAAGAAGAGGAGGAAAGAGUCCCACCCUCAAGCUCUCAUACCCCUGCAGGGGUUAGCAAAGUGACUCCCACUCUGAGGCCUACAGAUGGUGUGGACGUGUACUUCGGCAUGCCUGGAGAAAUCAGUGAACAUGAGGGGUUUCUGCGGGCUAAGAUGGACCUGGAGGAGCGUAGGAUGCGCCAGAUUAAUGAGGUGAUGCGUGAAUGGGCCAUGGCAGACAACCAAUCCAAGAACCUGCCUAAAGCUGACAGACAGGCCUUGAAUGAGCACUUCCAGUCCAUUCUGCAGACCUUGGAGGAGCAGGUGUCUGGGGAGCGGCAGCGCCUGGUGGAGACUCAUGCCACCCGAGUCAUCGCCCUUAUCAACGACCAGCGCCGGGCCGCCUUGGAAGGGUUCCUGGCGGCUCUGCAAGGGGACCCGCCUCAGGCAGAGCGCAUCCUGCUGGCACUGCGGCGCUACCUGCGGGCAGAGCAGAAGGAGCAAAGGCACACCCUGAGGCACUACCAGCAUGUGGCCGCCGUGGAUCCUGAGAAGGCCCAGCAGAUGCGCUUCCAGGUGCAGACCCACCUUCAAGUAAUCGAGGAAAGGAUGAAUCAGAGCCUCGGGCUGCUUGACCAGAACCCCCACCUGGCUCAGGAACUGCGGCCCCAGAUCCAAGAACUCCUCCAUUCUGAACACCUGAGUCUCAGUGAAUUGGAAGCCCCUGCGCCAGGGGGCAGCAGUGAGGACAAAGGUGGGCUGCAGCCUCUGGAUUCCAAGGAUGACACCCACAUGGCCCUUCCAAAAGGAGGGAGCAGCACCACUCUGGAAUCUCAGAAACCAGACAGGACUUGGGGGGUACGAUCCACAGAACAAGAUGCUGCAUCCCCUGUGAAAGAGAUGUCCCCCCUGGAGCAGUAUGAGCGAAAGGUGAAUGUGUCCGUUCCAAGGGGUUUUCCUUUCCACUCAUCGGAGAUUCAGAGAGAUGAGCUGGCCCCUGCUGGGACAGGCGUGUCCCGAGAGGCUGUGUCUGGUCUCCUGAUCAUGGGAGCAGGUGGAGGCUCCCUGAUUGUCCUCUCCAUUCUGCUCUUGCGCCGAAAGAAGCCCUAUGGGGCUAUCAGCCACGGAGUGGUGGAGGUUGACCCCAUGCUGACCCUGGAGGAGCAGCAGCUGCGUGAACUACAGCGUCAUGGCUAUGAGAACCCCACCUACCGCUUCCUGGAGGAACGACCCUGAACCUGCCCCCUUCACCCCUUUGACUGAGCCCAGACCCUCCCUCUUCCUGGAGCCCCAGAACCUCAACUCCCACCCUUGGGUAAAGGUCUUGCAAAACUUCAUUUCAUAUUCUUUGUGAGGGGGUUAGAAAUUCUUAUUUCCCUUUCCAAUUCCAAAUUCCAUCCCUAAGAAAUCCCCAGGUGUUCCCAGCUGCCUCCCUGCUUGGGACCUCCUCACUUUAAUUUAUUUUGUAAGUUAAUUUAUUGUUCCUUAAGGUGACCACCAACUUGGUCACAGUGCCUGUUGUUCCCUGGAAUUCACCUUCCCAUGUGCCCCGACUAACACCCCAAUAAAAUCCUGUUGCCCACCA